CUUGCCGUAACCUCGCGGUGUGAGAGUUGGGAGGAGACAAAGGAACUCGCUGAGGCUUUCAGAUUUGCUGCAACGGUCACUGAGACUACUGAUAUCUACGGAUUUACUAUUGCCUCACGACUGGUGGGUAAAGAGAUUACCGGUCAGAGGGAGAAAAACUCGCGGAGCCGAUGACACUGAGUACGAUAACACCUAGUAUCCGCGAAUGGUUUUCUCUGAAGGGGAUCACCAACGACCAGGACAUGCAAUUGUUCGGGGAUCUAGGGGGCUCUAUUUCACGUGGCGCAUUCCUUCUCCUAUGCACCCUUUCAAGAUUCAGACAAUUCAAACCAGACCACCCAAGAUCACCGCUUCUUGAAGAAACCGUCCGCAAGCGUAAAGCGCGCGCAUUUGACAGGGACACCUUGGACAAAUGCGAGGCGUUAUACGCCCGGUUAACUCGUUCUGGCUCUCUGCCCGGGGAAAUUGUUGAAACUUCUGCUGCAGUUCCACCACCUACCACCGAUGUAUCAAACGUACGCGGGGAAGCAGAAAGGGACGCAAUCACGUCUGAGGAGCUCGAAAAGCUUCCCAGGAGGCCCAGAAUUACAGAUAUCCUUCUGCGGAUGUAAGCCUCACGGAUGCGGAUUUCCAGGACACCGCGAAAUCCAUUCUCGUUUCAAAACCGCUGUACAGUCUGGCUAAAAACGAAAAUUUGGAACGGGAGAGCCUCCUGCGAGGAGGAUGUUGGCCUAGCCGAAGGAUUUGUCCUGCAGGUACUGAUCAGUCCUCCUGGCAACCCCCAUCCAUUUGCUUCUGCCACUCAUGCUCGCCCUGGUGAUCCUGCGACUCGAGUAGCUGUCAAGGUUACUGGGAUCAAGGAUUCUGGUGAGAAAUUCACUAUUUAUCCUCGACAGGCAGAGCAGUCAUGGAAGGCCCCUAGGCGAUAUUUAUACAUCAGUCAGAAGGACUUUCAGCGGACUGGAGCCGUACAGCUUGCCGAUUUUGUCCAAGCGGGUUUCACAGACGGCAGUCUCUCUGGGCAGGAAAACGCAUGGUGGGCCUUGGAGAAAUCAAAAAGGCUAGCAUCAGCGCAUGAAACAUUGGAGGAAGAGGAGGAGAGCGAGCGAUAUGGUCUUUUGUUGGGCCAAGGGUCAACAUCUGGCACCUUGAGAACUAGGUCGAGAAUUUUCGUGGGAUUCCAUGAUGUAUUGCUGUUAGGAAGAUAUUGUGGAGCGAUUGGAGGAGUCCCUCUCCGAGGCAGCGUCCCCUACCUUAUUGGGCCGGAGAUCUUGCCUACGCGGAUUCCGUCGCUGAACAUGGCCAAUUCAAUGUUUUACUUUGGCUACUCCAAGGCGAUGCCCUGGCUGUCGGGCUGGUCUAUGUGUUUUUUUGCUGCGGUGCACAAGGUUGCCUACGCCAGCAAGGACGAUAUCCGGAUCGGAACGGUCGGAAAAGAGAUGGCAGAGUCAGAGCAUCUAGAAUCGGCAGACAGGGUUUAACAGGGUUUAACAGGGUUAACAUACGAUCAGGGACAUGCCCAGUGGCUUUGGCUUGGAACUGUUUUCCGGGUUUCUGACGGCUGCUUGCGGAAGUCAAUCCACCCCAUCGAUGAUCAAUUAAUCACUACUACAUCAUUGUCAUCAUAUAUAUAUCUCAUCAUUGACUCCUCCUUUGUUCCUGUUACCUCCAACCCUGCCCCUGGAAUUCCUUACCAGCACCAUGCAUCACCGCCCUCUGGUAAUCUCC